AGUGACUGAAUACAGCCCUCAAGUUUUCCCAGACAGUGCUGGCCUGCUUUGAACUUGAGUGCUGUCAUAGAAGUAAGUUUUGGAGAUGGUAUUAAGUGGGAACAAAUUGUUGACUAACCUUGACUGAGCCUGGAGUCUUUCUUGUUUGUGAUAGCUGCCCUAAGUGCUUCAUGGAAGCCGCAGUUAGAACAGGAUGAGACUACGGGGGAAACAGACUUCACUUUUCACCUCUCAGGCCUGGUUACUGGAUGCUAAUGCACAAAGUAUGCUCCAUGGUGCAUCCUGUAGUCUUGGUCUCCUGAGUGUCUGCUCUGGGAAAGGCGUCAGAGCACACUGAGGCUUCCUCUCUGCCCUUGUUACAGGGUUUCCUCUGGAAGGAGCAGCAGAUGAACAGGAAUGUGGUGCACAGCCCACUCUUAUUCUGACAGGUACUUCUAGAGUCAUCAUUUUACAAUUUUGUCUCUUAUAGCAGUUUGAAUACCCUUCACUUGUCUUUGCCCCGUCUGCUUCUGCUGCGUCUUUCUAAACUUGCUUCCCCAGACUGCCAUUUUCUCCUUCUGAAUAGCUGAAACAAUGAUGGCAGAAGUGGUAGUGUCUGCAUGGAUGACCUUUGGCAAAAUGGCCUGAAUAAUGACAGCUGUAAAGACAAGAGUGAGAAUAUAAACAGUAUAUGGCAAUGGAGAACCUGAAGCUGGAUGAAAAUACAGUUGUCCCAAAUGACUAUUUAAGAGAGGAAGACAAGCAUCAGCUAGGUUAAUAAUCAGAUAAUUACAAAGAGUCUUUGAAAGGAAGGAAUCAGCUCAAAAAGGAAUAUGAAGUAAUUAAGAAUCUGACAUGUUGGCAACAAAGAUCACAAGAUGAAAGCAGAGGAUCAGGCAUUACCUGGCUCAGUACUGCCCCAAGUAACUCCCUUGGGAUUAUGACCGCUGCCAAGGCCUGACAGAGCAUCCUCUCCUUCAGGCAUCAUGAGCUGCCUUCCUGCCAGCUAGUGCAGUGCUGGUAUAAGAGGUAACACACAGGGACAAACAUUUUGGGAAUGCUUAUGUGACAUCACGAGGUGCUUUCUCACCAGCACGUGCCUUAGCAGAUUGUAGCAAGCAACACAGGUACUUAGAGCUAGAAAACCCAGGAGAUACGGACAUGAACACAUGCUCCCAAAGAUGGUACAUGCUUGUAACCCAUGCAUCCUUCCAGUGUGUGUGUGUGUGUGAGAUCAUGUGUGUGUGGAGGGGAUUGGGGGGAGACAGAGGCUAGAACUUUUUGAGACAAGUUUUGGAAGGGUGGAAGUGUAUAGGUAUUAACCAACAUCCUAGGAGGGUCUAGUACUCUGAAUUAUGCUGUAUUAUGGAUAUGGUCUUGAAUGCAUAGUUCACUGGUUGCUGGCCAAUUCUGUUCCAAGAAUAAAUCAAUAAACGGCUUUGAUCCACAUUCAGGACAGUCUACGUGAGUGGAGCAAGCCUCACUGAGAAAGUGGCACUCAUAGCCUGUGAGCUCUAGCAAAGAAAAGUCUGAAGCUGACAUUUGGGUAACAAGUUAGAGACACUGGGCUCAGCAGGGAAGCUGUGAAGCCCAUCUGAGCGUAGCAUUGCAAUGCUCUAGUAACAUGUUUUGUCAGAUGAGACAGUGCUUUGUCAGCUACACUUAUCUGCCAAAGGUGUAUGUAAUCUCUUGGAGUUUCUUUGAAGAGGAUGGCUAUGGAGAGGAAAGGAUUCCACUAACAUCGCUGUGGAAGCUUUUGGCACAGUUAACCCGAAGUCCUGAAACCACCCUCCUCCAAAUCAGAGCCUGCCACCCUCCACGCUAUCGUGCUUUCCAGCUGUGUGACAAUGAGCAGGAACUUCAUGCACUGGGAACUGCUGUGGCUUAUAAGAUUGUUUCACUGCUAAUUGUGUUGUUUCCCCUUUUGUUUUGUUUUCUGGCCAUGUCUGGGGGCAACAAGUAUGCAAUAUAUUGCAUGUGCUUUUUUUGUUUCAUCUCUGAGAGGGACUUGUGAAAGACCAUUGGCUAUAGCAGGAGAGACAGGCACCAUCCAUUGCCCUGUGACUACGUUACAGCUAUGAUCCCUGGGCUGUGGGAACACUCCUGUCACUAGAAAGCAUACAGGCUGGGGCUGUGCCUCGUUAUGAAUUCCUAAAGUGUUUAAGUUGGAGUUAUUUUUGUGUCUUUAUAGUCAGUGUAUUUCUUCUUGCGUAUAACUUGUUUGUCUCACCAUUUGGGUUUGGAAUAGAGCUGGAAGAGGAACUCAGUUUUGGUUGGUCUGACAAACUGAAUUUUCUUCUUUAUUUCACAAAUAAAUAGUAGAAACUUUUUUUUCUCAUUUUCAAAGUAAUUGUUACGUAUGAGGCUUUUCUUAUACUUUAGUAUUUAUCUUAGAGGAAUAUUGAUUUACAAAGAAAAAAAAGAUUUUAUUUUAAAAUCGCCAACAUACAAAAUAACACAAAAUAAUGUGUCAAUGGAAUUUCAGCUUUUUCUCUCUGACCUAGAACAAUUUAUUUAUGUUUUGGUUGACCAAAUCUCAAUUUUUAGAAUAAAUACAAUUCUAAAGCAGCAAUUAAGAACUAAUUUUCCCUCUCUCUGGUGCUGACCGAUGUGGUAGCUGGAAUUUUAAUUCAUGUGAUGAUCUCUUUUAGCGUUUGCCAGGUAGUAAUAGAUGUAGUUUAUCUAACUUUCUCUUUCACUCUUCAUAAUUUUUUUCCCAUCAGACAGUUUUGGAAGUUUAUUUAGUGUGUGUUUACUCUUCCCCAGAUGAUGAGAUGAGACAGAAAAUCAAGCAGGAAAGGAAAUGCCUCUGGCACACCAUAAAGGUCACUGUAACAAUCUCAUAAUCUCAUUUCCUCUUUAAAGUUUACCUGGGAGUCCCAAACUUUUUUUUCUUAUGCCUUCGCUCUGCCACUAUGUAAAAAAGGAACUCAAGCCCCAUGUUGCAAUUCUGUGGUAUUGCGGUGAAACAGAGCAUCCCUUUCAGAGUUUACAAGUAUUUAUAAGGCGGCCGGCGCGCUGCUUCCUUCAGAUCACAGAACCAACCUGCCCGGUGACUGCAGCAACCGGCGGCGCAGGAAAAGAUGUCUCACUUGGUAUUUGCCUUACUUUCAUUGCUUUCCUUUGCUGCACUUCUGGAAGCACAGUGGAAACUUAGAGAGAAUGUGUAUGUCAUAGAAUCCGAGUGGAACGAUGAGACACCAGCUAAAGAAGUGAAGCUCACCUGUAACACAUCUGAUGAAACACUGCCAGUUUACUGGAAAAAGGGCACAGAACUGAAAGGAACUGGAAAGACUCUGAUCGCUGAAGUGAAGGAGUUCCCAGAUGCUGGCAACUACACCUGUCUGACAGCUCAGACCCACGAAAUCAUCAGCUACAGUUUCUUCCUCAUAACAAAAGUAGACUCCAAUGGGCAAAUGAUACGGUCAAUUCUGAAAAGCUUUAAAGAGCCAAGCAAGACAUUCUUAAAAUGUGAGGCAAAGAACUACUCUGGAAUUUUCACAUGCUCAUGGAUGACAGAAAACGAGAGUCCAAGUGUGAAGUUCACAAUCAGGAGCCUAAAAGGCUCUCAAGGAGAUGUAACCUGCAGCAGCCCUGUAGCUCACACUGAUAAAUCUGUGACUCAAUACACUACCCAGUGCCAGAAGGUGAACUACUGUCCAUUUGCUGAAGAGCACCAGCCGACUGAGAUGUUCCUGGAGGUCAUUGAUGAGGUGGAAUAUGAGAACUACACUAGCAGCUUCUUCAUCAGAGAUAUCAUAAAACCAGACCCACCCCAAUGUCAGUAUGCAAGCACAAAUGGAAUAGUGACCUGGACAUAUCCCAGGACAUGGAGCACACCAACGUCCUACUUCCCUUUGACUUUCAGGAUCAAAGUUGAAAGCACAAAGAAAUACAAUAGCAAGGUUUAUGAUACUGAUGAGCAGUCUAUUCGGAUUCCAAGGAUUGGGCCAAAAGACAAGAUCUCUGUGCAGGCCAGGGAUCGCUAUUACAACUCAUCCUGGAGUGAGUGGUCUGCGCUUUGCAGAUAAGCACCAAGAGAUUGGUUUAAUGCUCCUGAAUAAAGCAAAGGAUGAAUUAGAACAAGUAAAUAUGCUAACUAGAAGAAAAAUCUGCAUGUGAGAUUAUUAAGAAGCCAACGCCAUGUCUUUUUUUUUCAUAGUAGCUUAGUAUGAUCCUGAUUCUGACAGAUCUUUUAAAGUCCCCAGAUUUGAGUGACACCACUAGCACACACCAUGUUAUAUUAACAUGGAUGGUGUUUUGACACAUUCCUGUCAGCUAUUGUUGUCGGCUCUGCGUAUUUUUGUAUUGCAUUUAUUUACUUAUUUAUUACUUACUUGAUAUGAAUUGCAAUGUCAGUCAAUGGCAGCUGCUAGUCAGAAUGUUUCAUGUGUUAACUUAUACGGAACUUAACUUAUUGAAAGAACUAUUUAUUGUUUAAUUAUUUUAUUUUUAAAUUAUAUAAUUAUUUUAGUAUUUAUUUAUUAUUUAUUUAUUUAUUUAUUUAUUUAUUAUUUUGUUGAAAUAUAUAAGCACAGAAAGGCUUGGCUGCAUGAUGCAGCUCUGUGUCAUAUCUCAGGGCUAUCUUCAUCUUCCAGUCCGACAGUUACUAUUUGAGAAGAAGGAACUGCAGAUUCAGAGUCCUGGAAAUGUUAGCUGCUGCAUUUUUUCAGCUGUUUGUGGUCAACAUUGCAAAUCAGAGGCAGCUGAAAUAUUUAAAAGUUCAACUGCUGUGUAUCUGAUAUUUCAGAGAGCAAUUGAGAACUGGUGUUAUAUGUGAAUGUUAAGCAUCUAAUUAAAGUUAGAAUUUUAGAACAUGGGUUUUCAUAGCUCAUUUUGAAGAUACUUCUCUAGUACUGCCAGAUGCGCUAGGUAUCUUCACAGAACCUUAGGAAAAGAAUCAAAUCCUAAUUCUGAACUGCUUACAGUGUAAGUCCCCAGGUCUGGAAAAAAAGCAGAAGCACGUGUUGAAUCCCCUCUUUUUUUGUCAAACCAUUUCAGUUGUGACUUUAAGUAGAGCAAAAUGCUUUCAAAUAUCUUUGAGGGCUUGGGCCUUUAUCCUUGAUUCAGGAUCACUGGAAUUAAAAGAGUCUUCAAUUGUGACCAUGCUUCCUUUUUUUCCAGUCUUAGAAAUGGGUGGUGAUUUAAGUAUUUAAACAUUGAAACAUAGGAAGUAUCUGAUAUUUCAGAAAACCAUUGAUAAUCUAGCUACAAGGGUUUAUUACUAUUAUAUUAAGUAUACUUAUUUAUUAUAUUAUUAUUUAUUGCUAUUGCAUAUGAUUCUUAUUUCUGCUGUAAACGCAACUUACUUCAUGACAUGCUUGUUUUAUA